AUGGAAAGAAACGAUGACAGAAAGGGUUGCGACGGUGAAGAAAGCCAACUUUCUCUCGAGGCACCGCUUACACGUGCAUAUACCAUCAGGAUUGAUGGAAUGGAAGGGAGGCUCGUGAAGAAUGCUACAGACUUCAGUGUGCGAGGCGAAAAACCGGCUAGGCGAAAAGAUGCGCCGGGCCAUAUUAUUGUUCAAGGGAACCCGGUUUGUCGCGGAAUAAAAUUGCGCAGCGAACGUCGACGAAAGAAAGCGGACGAAGUUUUGUCUACUAUGAUUCUUCCCAAACUGGCUGGUGUUCAUGAGCAUUCAGCAAUAAACAGUACUAAGGUCGCCAUCGUAAGGCCACAGCUUAAAUGUACUGAUGACCUUAUCAGCCAAAGGACUUCUAGAGAACCACAUUCAAAAUUGCAUAUAUAUGACGACUGCCCCGGAAAGGGAAGUGGACAGCGGGACGUGGUCACAGCAAAGAAAAAUACGGACUAUCCGCGAAACCGGUACGAAAUACCGCGCAAUCGUUUCCUGUGUCUUUCACUAGAUGCUGACGCUCUUGUGGAUCUUAGCCACUACAUGAGGCAUUCCCAAGUGACGCCAGCACCCUAUCUCGUUGAUGUGGUUAACAGGAAGUCUCUUGGACGAGCAGACACGAAGGUAAUACUACCGCUCACGACUUCGAAACCCGUGGUCACAAGAGAGUUAAGGCAAUUUGCAAAGCAUAAGAAAUUUGGACAAGGUAUUCGCUUCCUGACAAACGAACUUGCUGGACUUUCAUUUUUGGAACAUGCUUAUUCUAGAUUUAUGGCAUAG